UGACACUGAGUUGCUGAAGAUCAGGGUACAGAAGAAGAAAGAUUCCUUUGUUAGGAUCGCCUUAGGAAAGCCAACUAAGACUUAGGUUGCUCUUCAUUUUUCCCUGUUUUCCUAACUGUGAGAGCAAGUGGCUAUGCCAGCUAUGCAAGGAGUGAGUCUCUUCUUUUUUCUGCUUCUCCUUCCCCCGAUUCCUUGGGGGAUGCUGAAGGCAAAAUGUCCCUUGACUUCACAACGACCUCCAGCAGACUGGAAGAACUAUUUCAAGCCAGGUGAUUAUCUCUUUGGAGGAGUCAUCACUGCAAGGAAAUGUCUAAAUCCACUUUACCUUUUCAACCAGAUCCCCUCCAGCCAACGUUUCCAGUGGAAUCGAAAACUACCGAUCUGGUACCUCUUGUCCUUCUUGAUCGCCAGCCGUGAGAUCAACAGGAAUCCCCUCAUCUUACCCAACAUCACUCUGGGUUACAACGUCUAUGACAAUCAUUUCAAUGCAGAGAUGAAUGCUGAAGCCUUGCUAGAUCUGCUUUCUGCUGGAGAAGCAAAUGUUCCAAACUACAAAUGUGGAAGACAGAAAAAUAUCCUGGCUCUCCUUGAAGGGACCGAUUCUGACCUCUCCCGCCACAUUGCAACCAUGGUCAGCAUCUAUAAAAUCCCACAAAUGCUCCCAAAAGAAGGGAUCCAAUACACAGGGAUUGUUAAAAUGAUCCAGUAUUUCAAAUGGACCUCAGUGGCUCUCAUUGCUCCAGAAUCAGACAACGGAGAAACAUUCAUGAAAACAUUAAGACCUUUACUUGCCCAAAAUGGCAUUUGUGCUCUGUUCUCACAAAGCCUAUCGGGAAUCAGUACCAAUCAAUAUACGCUAACAAUUGAUCUUUACUUCAAAUGGAAGCAAGUCAAUGUGUUUAUUUACUAUGCCGAGACCAUGUUGCAAUCUUCCUAUUUCUAUGGGAUGGCAUUUAUUGACGAAAUUCUGCACCUCUCAAAAAUUUCUUCCUUAAAGAAAGUCUGGAUCGUGACAGCCAUGGGGGAUCUCACUUUUAAUAUGUGGUAUCAAGAUUUCCAACAGGUUCACAGUAUGUUCACCAUUUCCAUCCAGGCUAAGAAAUGGAUAAAGGAUGACGCUGAUCAAUUUUUUCCUUCACUCUUGAAAUUCGGCAACAAAGCUUUUCCGUGUUCAUUUGAAAAACAUGCGUUCUCGGUUAAAGGCUGGUUGAGAUGCAGAGAGAAUGAACAAAUGGAAAAUCUAAAGCAGAAGGAGAUAGAAGCCAGCCUUUCUCUGGAGAGCCAUCACAUUUACAACUCUGUCUGGGGUGUGGCAAAAGCCCUAAGUGUUGCCUUGAUCUCCAUAUCCAAAUGGAGGAUGCCAAAAGAAGAUGGAAAGUCCUUGGAACUGAAAAGGAUAAAACCUUGGCAGAGCCUGCCUCCCUCCAGGUGCGUGGAAAGUUGUCGUUCUGGAUACUUCAGGGAGAGCCAGGAAGGGAAGCCCAUCUGCUGCUACAGCUGCGUUCCCUGUGCAGAAGGGACCUUCUCCUCUCAAGAAGAUGCAGAUUAUUGCACCAAAUGUCCAGAAGAUCAACAUCCAAAUAAGGAGCGAGAUAAAUGUUUCCCUAAGGAAUUAACUUACCUGGCCUUCAAUGACAAUCUGGGGACCACCUUAACUUCCCUUGCAUCCUCUUUGGCCUUAAUUACUACUCUAGUCUUAGCAAUCUUUAUUAAAUAUAGAGAAACUCCCAUUGUCAAAGCCAACAACCGUGACCUCUCUUACAUCCUCCUUACCGCUCUCCUGCUUUCCUUCCUGUCCGCAUUUCUCUUCAUUGGACGACCAAACAGAGCCACCUGCCUUCUCCGACAAACUACCUUCAGCAUCAUCUUCUCAGUGGCUGUUUCUUCUGUCUUGGCCAAAACAAUCACAGUUGUGUUGGCUUUUCUGGCCACAAAGCCAGGAAACAGAGUGAGAAAAUGGCUUGGAAAGAGUUUGACCAACUCCAUCAUCCUUUCUUCUUCCAGUGUACAGGUAGUCAUCUGCAGCAUCUGGCUGGUGGUUUCUCCCCCAUUUCCUGAUUCUGACAUGCAGUCUCAAUCAGGAAAGAUUGUGCUUCAAUGCAAUGAAGGGUCUCUUACCAUGUUUUAUGUUGCUCUUGGUUACAUGGGAUUCCUGGCUGCCAUCUCCUUUGUGGUGGCUUUCCUGGCCAGGAACCUCCCAGGGGCCUUCAAUGAAGCCAAGCUGAUCACUUUCAGCAUGCUACUCUUCUGCAGUGUCUGGAUCUCCUUUGUACCCACCUACCUGAGCACCAAAGGGAAAUACAUGGUGGCUGUGCAGAUCUUCUCCAUCUUGGCCUCCAGUGCUGGCUUGCUGGGCUGCAUCUUUAUCUCUAAGUGCUACAUUAUGUUAUUAAGACCAGAUCUGAAUACAAAAGAGCAGCUAAUUGUGAAAACUUAA